CUUCCAGCGGAGGGAUUUUUUCCCCUUCUGCGCUAUCAUCUGAUGGCGGAGGGAUCGCACGCUGUGGACGGGAUUACGUCGCGUGCCGUGCGCAGAGGGGAAGAGGAUCCGGCAGCGACGCGCAGAGACAGACAGCCGAGAGAGUCGGGGGACAGGGGCGAGCGGGGCGCGGCCCGGCGAGGGCGAGACCAACCGGGCCCCCUCCCGUGAGGGAAGCAGAGACCGGCUCGGACCGAACCAUUCCGUCCCCACCGGUUCGGCCAAUCAGCGGGGGGGCAGCGAGGACAGCGCUGGGCACGAGCCUCGCGGCCAAUCAGCGCGGGGGUCGCGAAGACGCCCCGCUCCCCGCAACGGCCGCGAGAGCCCCCCGUCCCCGCCAACGGAUUCCUGCCCUCUACGGCCGCUUUCUUAAAGGGACAGAGCAACGUCAGGAGUCAAGGGGGAUUUCUGCCGGAAGAAAACAACCCCCCUCUUCAUCCCAGCGCCUGUCAAUGGAUUUAAAGGGAGCCCGGAGCUGGUAAAGGGGAGUUCGCUCCUGCCCCAUUGUGGAAGGGGGUUUCUUGUCGGCGGAGUUUGACGCCAAGUUCUUAAAGGGGACGCCAGCUGGCCUAAUUACGGAAGUGGCUGGUGAGAUUUAAACUCUGGGUUCUUAAAGGGGACGUGGCCCCUGACAUGAAUCCCGGGAAGCGAUUUCAGUCCGGUUUCUUAAAGGGGCAGUGACCCCGGCCCCCCGGGAGGCAGGAGCCGUUCAAUCUGGAUUUUUACACGGGAGGCGAGUCCCGCGAAGGCAGACCCGUUUGCGGGGGGAGCUUUACCCCUCGGCCCAUCGACCAUUGCCAUUGCUGGCAGAAGUGGAAGCUGGAGUCUUAAAGGGGAAGUCACGCCUCCCCCUCCCCGCCGACGUGUUUGAUGGCUGAAGAGGUUUAACUCCGGACUCUCCAAGGGGAAGUUGCCUCGCGUGCAGGCCGGCUACCCCAGGGACUGCCUGUGGCGGGGGUGUCGAGCCCGCCCACUUAAAGGGGAGGGGCCCCAAUACCGCAGGGGGGGAUGUGAGGCCUGAUUAAAGGGGAGGCCUCUGCCAGAAGCUGCCUCAGCCAUUUCAUGGCCUACCCUUAAAGGGGAGGCCCUUGGAAAGAGGGGUGUAGCGUCGUUGGCUUCGGCAGCAAGUUAAUCUGACUUAAAGGGGAGGUGCACCUCUGCCCACCCUGGUCUAGGAGUUUAUGUUAAGGGGCAUUAAACGUCUGUUGUUGGAAAGGCCUGCCUUAAAGGGGAGGACGCACAGAGCAGCCGCUGUGGCGUACUGAAGGGGAGGCCCCCCAAAGAAACUGCCACAGGGAGUUCGUGUUGGGGGGCCCUAAAUCGGACUUCAAAGGGGAAGGUUGUCAAAAUCCCCCUUAAAGGGGAGGUUGCCAGCAAGCGUUUAAAGGGGAGGACGAAGACACACCCCCUCCACUUCCUGGGGGAGGAGCUCCCCCCUCUGGUUCUCCACCAGUCAGCGCCCAGAGGAGAGGACCCAGUUCAGAACAGCUGCCAUGCGGCAGGCCGGAGAGGGGUGAAGGGCGUCGGAGGAAGAGGCUUCGCCGGGGGCAGCAUGGAAGCGGCGGCAGCUCCUGCCCCCUGCUGGAGCGGGGGAGGUGGCAGGGCCCGGAGGCUGCGGCGCUGCUCGCGGCGGGACCGCGAGAGCCGCCGGAGCCAACGUCGAGGGGGACGCCCAGGGGAGCCCGCCCACCGGGGCGUCCUCUCCUCUUCCUCAGACUCUGAGAGCGAAGGUCCCGCCCCACCAGCCCCUGUGGCGCCUGGUAAGCCCCGGCGCCGGCCCUUGCGCCGGAGGACAAGGCCAUCAGGCUCCUCCUGCAGCCAUGAGGAGGAGGAGGAGGAGGAAGAGGAUCUGAUUGACGGCUUUGCCAUUGCUAGUUUCAUCAGUCUGGAGGCACUGGAGGACACGACACUGAGGACGCCCGAGCGGCUGGAGCAUCGGCUGAAGCACUCGGGGAAGCGGAAGCGGGAUGAGGGGAGCGGCUCAGAGGAGGAGGAGGGCCGUGAUGAGAGCUCAGAGAAGGGGUGUGGGCGGCAUGCCGGGGAGCGGGCGCUGAGGAGACGCAGCAAGAGGAGGAGGAAAGAGGCCUCCCUCCGCUCCUACUUGGAAACAGGAUACAUAUGCGACAUGGAGAGUGACCCAGGGGAGCAGGCCUCCAAUGAUGAUCUGGAUCAAUCGUUCACUGUCUCAACCAACAAAGCCUCGGGCCCAGUUGGUGCCGUGAACGGGAGCUGUGCAGCCAAACUCUCUGUGAUCCCCAAGGUUUCAGGGCUGGAGCGGAGCCAGGAGCGGAGCCACGAGGCCGACGGGGGCCCCCAGCUAGUGCCUUUCCUGCCCAAGGACCCCCUUUCUCAGGCAGCCCCAGCCCUCCCUGUGGCCCCGGCCCGGCCCCCUACUCCUCCAGCCCCGCCGCCCUCCCGGACACCCAACCCGGCUGCUGCCCGCACCACGCCCCAGCCCCGGGGCCAGCCACCGGUGCCGCAGGGGGGCCCAGCACCCCACGGCCUGCCCCAGCCCACUGUGCAUGGGAAGGGAGCGCCCUUCGCCAGCCCCACGCCGCCGGGGCCCUAUGGAGCAGGGCUGGACCUCAGCAUCGCCGGGUGCAGCCGGAGCAGCGCACACGCCAAGCCCCUGCUGCCCCCGUGCUCCUCCUCCUCACAGCUUCCUCCCCGCCCCUCCACCCCCUCGCUGGCCCUGCCCCCCCACGCCUUCCCUUCCACCCUGCGCCCCCCCACCCACCAUCACCCGCCCCUCUUCCCCCCCUCUCCGGGCCUGCCCCCACCACCCCCUCUGCUCCAGGUCGCCGGGCACCCGGCCGCAGCCGCAGCCUUAUCUGAACAAGAGUUGAUCCGGCAGGGCCUGAGCUCGCGGUUCCUGACGGCGCAGGGCGGGGCCGACAUGGGGGCAGCCGCCAUCCGCCCGCUGGCCUUCCAGUUCCACCAGCACAACCACCAGCACCAGCACACCCACCAGCACACGCACCAGCACUUCACCCCCUUCCCGCCGGGCAUGGUGCCCGCCCCCGCCAUGUUUGAGAAAUACCCAGGCAAGAUUGAUGGGCUUCUGAGGCAUAACUUCUAUGCCACGUUCCCUCCCACCGUGACUGGGAUCCAACCUGUCCUGCCCCCUGCUGUUUCCUUUGGCUCCCUGCAGGGGGCUUUUCAGCCUAAGAGCACUAACCCAGAGCUGCCGUCGCGGCUUGGAGCUGUCGCCCCCUCUUUGUCCCAGAAAGGGGGUCAGCUCACGGACCCUUUCAGACCCUCCCUGAGGAAGCCUGGCAAAUGGUGCUCCAUGCACGUCCGCGUGGCCUACAUGAUCCUGCGGCACCAGGAGAAGAUGAAGCUGAUGCAGGGUGAUCCCCACAAGCUGGAUUUCCGGAACGACCUGAUCACCUGCCUUCCUGGCACAGGGACCUUUGGAAGCCUUGCUCAUGGCCAAGAGCUCACGCGCCCCGCCACGCUCUUUACCCCCGCAGGGGCCGUCCAGGCAAGCUCUGGUGCCUCCUUUGGGCCUCCCAGCGCGCCACACAGCUCUUUCCUGGGCCCCAGCGCACACAUUGAUCCCUUCAGCCGCCCCUCCGGCUUAGCCGCGCUGGGGGCGCUCUCCAACGGGGCCUUCGGGGGCCUGGGGAACCCCGCCUUCAACUCCAGCUCCAUGUUCGGGCAGAAGGACAGCCCCGGGGCCCAGGCCUACGGCAGCCCCCACGACCCAUGGAACCGACUGCACCGCACGCCCCCCUCCUUCCCCACUGCCCCCGCCUGGCCCAAAGGGGGUGCCGGUGAUGCAGCUGAGCGCGGGCCGGCCCAGCACGACAAGGAGCUGGACAAGCGGGAGGUGCCUGCCAUAAAGGACGAGAAGGACAGGGACACCCUCUUCUCCAGGCUCCCCCCUCAUGCCUCACCGGCGCCCCUGCCCACUAAGCACCCCGCCUCCCUGGGGCUGGAAGACGGCCCCAUGCGGGCACACAGCGAGCCAGGCCGGGAGCAGCGUUACGGCAGCCCGGUGGGGGGCCGGGCCUCACGCUCACCCUACCCUGACCCUGCCCUCAAGAAGGAAGUGAAGGUGAAAGAGGAGCCGGAGCUGGGUGUCUUGGAGGGGGCACUACGGGCGGGCGGGCCCUUUCCCGGGGCUCUGCAUGUCCCCCACUCGCUGGGGCCGCUGGCUGUCUUCGAGCGGCCACCGUACCUGGUGGCUGGGCCAGCCCCCGGAUCCCCCUAUGCCACCCUGGAGGCCUGGCGGGAGCCCUACGCCCUGCCCCGCUACCUGGAGCGUGAGCUGCCCGAGGACUACGAGCGCGCCCGGCUCUAUGGGCUGGGCCCGCACCCCCCGGGGCUGCUGGCCUACCCCCGCCAUGCCGCGCUGCUGGCCAAGGCCCCGCCCCCAGAGGGGUUGCUUGGUGCUCCUCCGCCCCUCAUCCCUGCUGUGCCCGGCGCCCGGCCCAGCUCCCCCCGCCGUGCCCCGGACCUCCGAGAGCUCACCACCGCCUACAAGGACCGGGACUCCAGAUAAUGAUGCCCGUGGGUCCCACACCCUGGCAUCAGCGGUGGCAUCCCCUCCCCACACUGGGCUGGCUAGGAUCCCCCCACCCUGCCAUUAGGGGCAGCAUUCUCCCCCCGCCCACCCCAGCAUCAGGGGCAGUAUAUCCUCCCCACACCAGGCCAGUCGGCAUCCCUCCCACCUGGCAUCAGCACUGGUAUCCCCUCCCCCCACUGUGGCAUUAGGUGUAGCAUCCCCUCCCCCAUCCCUUGGACUGGCCAGGGUCAGGGGUGAGAGCGCUGAGGAACCCCCCACCCCGGCUGCUACACACAGACAAAAGCUCAGAAGGGAUGGGGGGCAGGACAGUGGGGUUCAGGGUGUGGCUGUGCCUCCCCAUCUCCCCCUGGCCUGGCUGGGUCCAGGUGAAGGAGGGUUGGCACUGGGUGCCCCGCGCUGUCCCAUGGAGAGGGCUUGGGGGAGAAAGACCAGCUGUCGGGGUGUUCUCUACUGGACUGAGGGGAGUUAGGUCUGGGUGGUUGGGAUCACCCCGGGGCAGGUGGGGGUUAAAGGGCGAUCUCCCCAAGCUCGUGGGCUUUCAGGGCAGGAGUUUGGGCUUUGGGUUCCCCAAAUCUCCCCGUGAGUGGGGAUUUCGGGGGGUGUCUUUGCUCCCCUGUGGACUGGGGGGGCAGGAGUGGAGCUGGGGCCCCCAGCCUAGUGUAAAUAGGUCCCUGCUCCCUCAGGUGAGCUGGGUUUUGUACAUUUAUACCAGGUUUGAGGUGGUGAUUUUAAAGGAUCCCCCCGCCCCUCUUCUCUUCCCUCAUUUUUAAUGUACCGCGCUUUUUUCUAUUCCUGUAUCGACGUUGUGAUGCUCUCCUCCCUCUCCACACUGGACCUGAUCAGAAAGGGGUAACACGGCUGCAUUGGACACUGCCGGUUCCUCCCCUUCCUCUCCCCCCCCCCCCCCCCCGGUUUAAUUAAACCCCAGAUUGGUGCUUCUGGAUAGAUUCCUCUUUGUGAUUUCUUCUACAUGGGGAUGGGUGAGGGAUCUGGGUUAUAAUCCAUGACUGCAGGAUCUGAACAUGCCGGUGAUGAAAUAUUCAGGCUCAGGGCUGGGAGGCUCCGGGAAGGAGGGGGCAGCUGGUGCCUUGACGCAGUGAAAUGAGG